AUGGAAGAUAAAAUUGACAACAAGCGCAAAGCCACAAUGGCACCUAACGAUGAUGAUGGUCGUCAUAAUCAGGAUCUUCCGGUUCCCUUCAGAAAAGUAAAAGUACUUAUUGUUGACAAUGAUCCUCGCACUCUAAGGAUUCAUGAAAACCUAUUGAAAUCACUUGGUGUGGAAACUCGUGCUGUCAAAGAUGGUCGAGAAGCCAUAAACGUAACUGCUUGGAAUGAUUAUUCUCUUCCAGCCUAUGACCUAAUUCUCAUUGGUAGACAUUUACCUUUCAGAAACGGGAUUGAGGUGACGAAGACACUGCGAGCUAUAGGAUACCCUAGCAGGAUUGUUGGAGUGACACAUUCUCUAACAGAAGCUGAGCGGGAAGAGUUUAUGAGUGCAGGGGUAGAUGAUAUAGUUGAUUAUGAGAGGCCAAUGUCCCUUGAAACUGUUAAGAGGCUAGUUGCAGAAACUCCCCCUCCCCGAGUGUGGAGGGAAAAAGUUAUUUAUGAUGAUCAUAUUAAUGGUAAUGGUUCUGGGUCUACUUCUAGUUCUAGGAAAGUUUCUAGAAAGAUUAAGUAG